AUCCACCGAGUUGUCGCCUCACGCCCUCGCGAGAGAAACGCGGCAUGGAGACUGCGAGCACGGCGCACUGGACGGGGGCGGCGGUCGCCCCUGACACCUGCGCCGUGGGCGGCGCCGGAGGAGCGCUGUUCGCGCAGCUGUUGGCAACCCUGCUGCACGCGCAGUGCCUGCUGGGGGACCGCAGCGCCUACCCGCCGGACACGGCCAGCCCGCUCUCCGAGUACGACUUCGUGGUGGUCGGCGCCGGGUCGGCCGGGGCGACGGUGGCCGCCCGCCUCUCGGAGAACCCCGACUGGACGGUGCUGCUGCUCGAGGCCGGCGGUGACCCGCCGCCCACCUCCGACGUGCCGCGGCUCUUCCCGACGCUACAGAAGACCGAGGCGGACUGGCAGUUCGAGACGGAGCCGGACCCCCGCGCCUGCCGCGCCUACCGCGGCGGCCGGUGCGCGUGGCCGCGCGGCAAGGCGCUGGGCGGCUCCAGCGUGCUCAACUGGAUGAUCCACGUGCGCGGGCCCGUCCAGGACUACGACGUGUGGGCGGCGCUCGGCAACGACGGCUGGUCCUACCGCGACGUGCUGCCCUUCUUCAUGAAGUCGCAGGACGUGGAGGCGGACGAGCUGCGGCGGCGCCCGCACGCGGCCGCCGUCCACGGCACGGGCGGCGGUCUGCGCGUCUCCAAGUUCGGCCCCGACGACCCGUUCAUGCGGACGCUGAGCGACGCCGCCAGGGAGGCGGGCCACAAGGUCGUCGACGACUUCAACUCGGACGGCUACCUCGGCUUCACCAACAACUUCGGUACGGUGAGGAACGGGACCAGGUGGAACGUGGCUAAGGCGUUCCUCGUACCGGCGAAGAGCCGACAGAAUCUCCACGUCGUGAAGCACGCACACGUCACCAAAGUCCUCGUCGAUCCCGCGACGAAGAAGGCGUACGGAGUCCAGUACCUCAAAGACGGAAACGAGCGCGAGGUGAAGGUCGCGAGGGAAGUGGUAGUGUCUGCGGGAGCCGUCAACACCCCACAAGUUCUCAUGCUGUCCGGUAUCGGGCCGAAGGAACACUUGGAGGAACUGGGAAUACCGGUGGUGAAAGACCUCAGAGUCGGAUACAACCUUCAAGAUCACACCAUUUACACCGGACUCGCGUACCUCACGGUGAAUUCUGAGCGAGAUUUGGAGCGUAAGAAGAAUCAAGUGCUGCAGGGCGCUUUCGAGUACCUGACGAACAGGACGGGUAUCCUGUCCAACACCGGCCUGACCAGCUACCAGGGUUUCGUGAGGACGGACAGUGCUCCGGACGACGACGAGACCUACUCGGACAUCCAGUACCACUACGCGAGGUUCGAGCCGACCUUCAAGGAGUGGAUGGAGGCGUUCCUGGAGGCGGGCAGCUACGGCGACGAGUACCGCACGGCGCUGCGGCUGCUGGCCGAGCGGCACGACGUGGUGCUGGUGCUGCCCACGCUGCUGGGGCCCACCAGCCGCGGCCGCGUGUCGCUGCGCAGCCGCGACCCCCGCCGACCCGGUCGUCAUCGAGGCGGGCUACUACAGCGACCCCAGGGACUUGGACAACAUGCUGGCCGGCAUCCGGCUGGCGCACGCCUCGGCACCACGGAGGCGAUGCGCCGCGCCGGCGUGCUCGUCAGGGACGUGCCGGUGGCGGCUUGCGCCGGGCUGCCGCCGCUCACCGACCAGUACUGGCGCUGCGCCAUCCCCCACCUCACCACCACGCUGUACCACCCGGCCGGCACCGCCAAGAUGGGGCCCGCCGCCGACCCCGGCGCCGUCGUGGACCCGCGGCUGCGCGUGCACGGCGUGCAAGGCCUGCGCGUCGCCGACGCCUCCGUCAUGCCGCUCGUCGUCAGGGGCAACACCAACGUACCCUCCGUCAUGAUCGGCGAGAAGUGCGCCCACAUGGUGGCCGAGGACUGGCGCCACCACUGACGGCCGGUGUCGCCCUAGUCUCGCGAAUUUUUAACUGCACGCAGUGUCCACAUUGUGACGUACCGCUCCUCUAGCUACCCCCCCCCCCCCCCCCC